ACUCCAACGAACGUAUGCGACACGACAAGUACAGGCAGCAGCGGAUCAAUCAAGCGUUUGACAACGUUAACAUCCAUCAAUUUCACCGCCCAAACGAUAGAAAUCAUCAAGCCACCUGGUGAAUCAACUUCCGGUCAUCCUGUACUCUUAUCUAUAGUCACUAUAUGUCUUGUUAAUCAGUUGCACGACCACCAAGCUUCCCGGCUUACCCGGGUCUCGCAUCGCGACACGACCGCCGGACAGAAUCAUGGGCGUCAUACGGAAAAAGACAGCUGCUAGAGGCGCUGAAGGCGGGGUUAAGUAUCACUGCGACGUCUGCUCCGUUGACAUAACAUCCACGGUUCGAAUCAGGUGUGCUCACAGCGCAUGCAAUGACUACGAUCUCUGCGUCAAUUGCUUUGCCCAAGGCUCAUCGAGCAGUAAUCAUCAGCCUGCGACGCAUCCCUACCGAGUCAUAGAACAAAACUCGUUCCCGAUAUUCGAAGAAGACUGGGGUGCCGAUGAAGAGCUACUUCUCCUCGAGGGCGCAGAGAUAUAUGGACUGGGAUCAUGGGCAGACAUUGCAGAUCACAUCGGUGGUUACCGCCACAAAGAUGAAGUUCGCGAUCACUACAUAAACGCCUACGUGAACUCUCCACGAUUCCCGCUUCCAAAACGAUGUAGUCCCCACGACAACGAGCUGGCCAACCAGACAACCCGCGAAGAGUUCCAGGCACGCAAGAAACAGCGCAUUGAGGAACGUCGGGAUGCUGCCAAGAAUGCUCCCGCUUUGCAACCCAAGACCAAGCCCACGGCCUCGGUGCCAUCAUGCCACGAAAUUCAAGGAUAUAUGCCUGGUCGUUUGGAGUUUGAGACAGAGCACGCCAACGAAGCCGAAGAGGCCGUGCAGCUUAUGCAGUUUGACCCCGGCGAUGGCAUCAACCCGCGCACUGGCGAGCUCGAGCCUGAGACUGAACUCAAGUUGACAGUCAUGGAGGUUUAUAAUUGCCGCCUCACCCAGCGUGUAGAACGCAAGAAGGUUAUCUUUGAGCACAAUCUACUGGACUAUAGAGAGAACAGCAAGUUGGAGAAGAAGCGGUCCAAGGAGGAGAGGGAUCUGCUUAACAAGGCCAAACCUUUUGCGCGGAUGAUGAACCAUGAUGAUUUCGAGGCUUUCUCGCAAGGUCUGAUUGAUGAACUGAAUCUGAGGCAAGCAAUCACACAACUUCAGGAAUGGCGCAGCCUGAGGAUAGGCGACCUGAAAAGUGGUGAAAAAUACGAGCAAGAAAAAGCUGCGCGUAUUCAGAAGGCGAUCCCCUUGGGGUCCAUGGAUCGCGAUCGACUGGCCACAAAUCAGCGCAGCAAGGCGCCACCGCCCCCCGAUCCACCAAGUGGUGCUGCUUUGCUUGUGGCACCCGAAAUGCCUGCGAGGCUGGCUACCAAGGGUUCCCACGGGAAUUCACUAGCAAGCGAGAAUGUAGAGCACGCUGCUUCAAACGGCGAUGCCGUCAAGAGCGAGGCUCAUGCGAACGGUGGGGCGAACGGCGACACGAGCAGUGUCAUCGUGGCGAAUGGCGACGGCGCGGUCAACGGAGUCGCAGCCAAUGGGGUCGUCAAGAAGGAGAAAUUUGAGCUUCAGCCAAUCCCUAAUUUGACGCCGUUGCAGUUCACUCUUGAUCAGACUCCUGACCUGCAGGUCCUAACCCCGGAUGAGGUGAAGCUUUGUGAGCUGUUGCGCAUCCAACCGAAGCCCUAUCUCAUGAUCAAGGAGCAGUUGCUCAAGGAGGCUCUGAAGACGAACGGAACACUGAAAAAGAAGCAAGCCAAAGAGAUCUGUCGCCUUGACAAUGCCAAGGGCAGCAGGAUUUUUGAGUUUUUCGUCAAUUCUGGAUGGGUUGGCAAAGCUUAGGAAACUACUCAAAAUUUGCCUAUUCGAAAGCCUCGCAAUCGACGCCCAAAGAAGAAAACAAAGACAUCGAUGUCCAUUGAGGACUGAUUGUGGCUGUAUUUUUAUCAGGAUUCUUCCAAGAUUGGCUUGGGACAUGGAAAUUAUGAGUAUCAAUGAAAUAAGAAUGGCUCUACAUUGUUAAUUGUAUCAUUACAUGCGUUGUUUGACCAUUCAGCUGAAGCGUACGCAUCUUGGGUGUAUUCAUAAUCUGUUUGCAGCCUGAGUUUGACAACGCCUAGAGUACUACUCUACU